UUAUUAUUACUUUCUCCCACUCCUCUUUCUCCUCCUCGUAGCCUAAACCUUGUGCUCGCGCUCCCCUUUCCAAUCAUCACUCGCCAAUCGCCUUUCGCCUUUCUCCUUUCUCCUUUCGCCAUCCUCCUCUUCCUCAACUCUCCGAUCCACUACCCUGCUGCUAUUGCUAAUGCACUUUCUUUUUCCUCACCUUAUCGCAGUGCAGAGGGGUGCUUUGGGGUUUGAUAUGAUUGACAUGACUUGGCUUACCGCUCUCUUAAUUGGCGCCGGUUGUUUUGCUCUUGGCUGCCUAAUUGGGGCCCGCCAUUCCUCCCCUUUCCGUCUAUCCACACCUACUGACCACGACGCCAGCAAGAAGAAGAAUCGGGGUAAACAACCUCUUGAGGUUGACAAACUAGCUGAUAUUAUUCACGAUUUUAAAAUGGUUUUGGUUGUGAGAAAUGACCUAAAAAUGGGGAAAGGGAAGAUUGCUGCCCAAUGCAGCCAUGCAACUUUGGGGCUGUACAAGAAAAUCCUAAAUCGUGCACCAAAAUCAUUAGGCAGGUGGGAGAUGUGCGGGCAGGUUAAGGUGGUUGUGAAAGUUGAAAGUGAAGAUGAUAUGCUUGUUUUACAGGAAAGGGCAAAUUCACUAAAUUUACCAACACAUAUUACAAUUGAUGCUGGUCGAACACAGAUUGCUCCAAAUUCAAGGACAGUGAUGGCAAUCCUAGGACCAGCCGACCUAGUUGAUGAUGUAACUGGUGGCUUGAAGCUUUUAUAGUUGCAUUAUCAUUGGCCUCAAGACAAGUAAAAGAAGUUUAAGGUUCCCUGGCUAUAUUCCAAUGGUUGAAAAGGGAAAAUGGGGAUACUGAGUCCCCAACAUUGUGUUGCAGCUGAUGAUGGAGACAAAUUUAACACGCGAUCACUUUCUUGUUAGGGAUCUUUAUUAUUCUUCAGGAUGUCGGGAAACUGAACUAUAUAAAUUAUGAUCUGCCAUGUUCUUCCCCCUUUCUCCAAGGGCUUGACACCUCACUUCAUCAUAACGUCAAAGAUUGUCUCAGGAUGUUGUUUUGUGAUCCACAUUCAUAUGAUGUUCUUGACGGCAGAGUCCCAUAUGAAUUUUGCAUUAAUUGCAAUGACUUCGUUCUAUAAUUGUACGUUUUCAAGGAA